AUGGGUGAAAGAAUGAAGUACGUUAUUGAGCAUAUGGAACAGGGCUUCACUCAGUGGGUCAUCCUUGAAUACUCCCAAAUCAUCAAAGACGUUGGAAAGGAAAACCUCUUUCUUGUCUCUCUUCCAAAGACAACUACGGAAGACGACAUUCCAAGAGAAUUACGUGAGUUGGGUCUCCAGUGGACAACAGAAGACAUUGUUCCAUACUUAACUGAGAGUCAUGGUGUCACAAAAAAAGAAGAACUUUGCUUACUUGACCCAAGAGCAGAAAUCGAUUUGCAACCAUCAGAUGCUGCUGAAUUCAAGUACUUCAUCUUUGGGGGUAUCCUAGGUGAUCAUCCACCAAGGGAUCGUACUGGGGAGCUAAAGCGAAAACUAAAUUGCCCUUCUCGCCGCUUGGGUAGUUUGCAAAUGACUACCGAUACUGCGGUACGUACGACUCAAAUCAUCCUCGAGAAGCAAACCAAAUUUGAAGACAUCAAGUUUAUCGAUUAUCCUGAAAUUAGAUUCAACAAGCAUGAAGCUACUGAAAUGCCAUUCAGAUAUGUCCUUGACGAAUCGGGAACACCAAUCUUCCCUGAGGGAAUGGUCGACCUUAUCCAUGCAGAUAAUCAAAAGAGCUUAGAUGAUUUCUUUUAG